AUGUCUGGCGCGGUCUCAAGAAAACGGCGCGGCGACGAGGUCCAGGCCUCGCGGCUAAAGAACGACCGGUUCCAGAAGAAGCGGAAGCGGCAACAGAGUGCCUACCACAGCGACUCGGACUCGAUCGAGGGCGGCGACAGUGACGAUGACAACGAGGACCUCAAGGCACCGACGAGUCUAGGACUCGAGGGUGGCGACGACGACGGCAGCGACGACGGCUUCCAGGCGGUCGACCUGCUGGACUCGGACGAGGAAAACCUGGACGCAUUGGCCGACGACGGUGCCACGUCGGACGAGAACGACGAGAUGGACCUUGACGGUGUGGACGACGACAGUGAGGACGGUGAAGACGACAGUGACUCGCUCGACUCAUUGAGUGACGGCGGCAGCGCCCAGAAGACAAAGAAGAAAGAGCCGAAGAAGACGAGUCCGACCAAAGCCAAGGGCAAGCUGGCAGUGUCACAACGUGGCGUCCCUGCCGCACGAGACGCACCAACUGACUCAGAGGGCGAUGACGACGAUGACGACGAUGACGAUGAGGAGGAUGACAACGCCUAUGGCAGCGGCGACGACGACAGCGACAACGUCGGCGAGGGCGCUCGUGGCGUGCCCAAGUCGAAGCGCAACGACCCGGCCACCUUUGCCACCUCCCUGUCCAAGAUUCUCGGCACAAAACUGUCGUCCACCCGCCGUGCGGAUCCCGUGCUGGCCCGCAGUGCCGACGCCCGCGAGUCGAGCCGCCGUGUCGUCGAUGCCGGCCUGGAAGAGAAGGCCCGUCGGCAGAUGCGUCUGGAGAAGCGUGCCGCGCUGGAGCGGGGACGUGUCAAGGAUGUGCUGAUUGCCACGGCACGGCCACAGGCCGAAGGUGCGGACUCUGACAAGGUCGACACCGUGGGUGAGACGACAACGACCAUUCUGGCGACGGAGCGCCGGCUGCGCAAGGUGGCGCAGCGCGGUGUAGUGCAGCUGUUCAACGCGGUGCGCGCUGCGCAAGUCCAGGCUGCACAGGCUAGGAAGCAGGCCAAGGUGGAGGGCAUAAUUGGCAUGGACAAGCGCGAGGCCAAGGUGACGGACAUGAGCCGCAAGGGCUUCUUGGACCUAAUCGCGUCGGGCGGUGGUGGGUUAAAAAAGGGAGGUCUGGAGGAGGCGUAG